AUGGGAAUCUUUCAGGAAACACUCUAUAAGGAAUAUGGAAAACAUUCGAAGGAAGCAUUAUUUUAUAAUCAUGCAUUGCCACUUCCAGGGUUCCUUCUUCUAGCACCUGACAUAUAUAACCAUGCAGUUCUCUUUACUCAGAGCGAACCCUUUCAGCUUCCUCUUUUGGGGAUCCAGAUGCCAAUCAUGUGGUUUUAUUUGCUCAUGAACAUCAUUACACAAUAUGUGUGCAUCAGGGGAGUGUUUAUCCUUACUACGGAGUGUCCCUCUCUAACAGUUACCCUAGUUGUUACGCUACGUAAAUUUCUCAGCCUCAUCUUCUCCAUCCUAUAUUUCAAGAAUCCUUUCACUACAUGGCACUGGAUUGGUACCAUAUUUGUGUUUUUGGGUACGCUGCUGUACACUGAGGUGUGGAACAACAUUCAGGCUGCACCCAGCAAGGACAAGAAGGACAAAAAGAAGGAAUAA